AUGGGGGUUGCCCUUUUAUCCACGGAGGAGCUAAAUCUUAUCCUUCUAGAGUACCGGGACAUGGCUCAAGCCUUUAGUGAGGAGGAAGCGGAUAGCCUGCCGCCUUAUCGGAAUACAGACUGUGCCAUUGAGUUAAUCCCAGGGGAAAGACUUCCCAAAGGGAAAUUGUAUACCAUGAGCCCGGCAGAGAGACAGGAGCUCAGAAAGUUCAUAGAUAAGAACUUGGAGAGGGGCUUCAUCCGACCUGCCAGCUCCCUGCAUGCGGCCCCUGUUUUGUUUGUGAAGAAAAAGGAUGGGGGGCUCAGGCUUUGCACAGGCUUUCGAGGCAUCAGUGCUGUAUCUAUGACCAACGCCUAUCCGAUUCCGUUAAUCAGAGACCUGCUCCGUGUGGUGACGCAGGGUGAGGUCUUCAGCUUCUCCAUAGAGAGAAGCUUCUCAUCGAUCCGAGAGGUGCCAUUUGACAUGGCCACAACCUCUUUUGAUGACCAAUACAACGGCUGCCAGGAUAUGAUGGAGGAUAAGGUGGGGGCUCUCCUCCGCACUGAGUUUGCCGAUACCAUCUAUGCCAAGGUCUGGGAAAAUGCAACUGCCAAGUGGGACGAGAUGAAGGCCUCUGCCUCAGUCCCCAAAGACCUCAAGCCGGAGUACGCCAUCGCGGCCUUGGCCUACACACGGAAAGAGGCCUUCUUAUAUCGCGAUUUAAACAGAGCUGUAAGGAAAGCAGGGGAGAGCGAAGAGUAUUACCUCAGGGCCUUCCACUUCAAGGCCUUCCAUUUCCUCUUGACGAGAGCCCUUCAAGUCCUGCGGGCCAACGCCAGUCCCAAGUGCCACGAAACGUACCGCGGGGUCAGAGGUGCCAGCUUCAUUGCGGAGCCCUCCGAGAAGGCCCGUUUUGGAUACUUUGCUUCCUCCUCGCUGGACAAGGACCAGGCCAUGAGCUUUGGAAAGGACACCUUCUUCACCAUCGAGACCUGCUACGGGGGCUACAUCAAGGAGUUCUCCUUCUUCCCAGAAGAGGAGGAGAUUCUGAUCCCACCCUUCGAGGAGUUCCAGGUGGCAGAGGUCACAGAGACGCCUGACGGGGUCCACAUCCGUCUCAUCUCCGCUGGAAUAUUCAGCAAGUACAACUGUGUAUAUGUCAAAGAUGCAGGUCUGAGCCAUUUAUUUGCUAAUGUCCGAAUGCCCUUCCUCUUCUGGGGAUUUCUUCUCAUUGCUGGUGCCCUUGGAGACCCGGGAUUUCUCUGAACACAGUGUCAGUCUUUCCAUUUCCUAGUAUUUUUCAGAAUCCGCCACUGGGGAUGAAAUGGGGCAAUAAUGUGAAAUGUAAAGGAAACCAGACAUUGGCUUUAGCUACAAUACCUAGCAACAAGUGCCAAAGAGGUUUUUGCAGCCCAAAAUAUGCAGUUAGAUUGAAUUUCAUUAUUAGUUUGCAAUUUCUGAAUUACUCUUUUGCUGCUGCAGUAGUCAUUUAAAUGUCUCACUUGAUGAAAUAAUG